UAUUGCUCAGUACAUGCUCCGGCAGCCAAUGGGGUGCGAGGGGGCGUGGCAGCCGAAGCUACAGUAAUCUUCUGAGAGUCGCGCUGCCAUCACAACGGGCUUCAAGCACUUCGUUAUACAGUAACAGACUGAAACAUCUACAACCAUGUCUGAGGCUGAGUUUCAGAAAGCAGCAGAGGAGGUCAAACAGCUGAAAGCGAAACCAACGGACGCUGAGAUGCUGGAAAUUUACAGUCUGUACAAACAGGCCACCGUAGGAGAUGUUAACACAGCUCGACCGGGCAUGUUAGAUUUCACUGGCAAGGCCAAAUGGGAUGCUUGGGAGGGCAAGAAAGGUAUGAGUAAGGAUGAUGCUAUGAAAGCAUACAUCGCUAAGGUGGAAGAGCUGAAGGGAAAAUACGGAAUCUAAUAGACGGAACCUAUCAUGGCCAGCCUGUCUUUACCUGUACUGUUCUCCAAUAAAGUGCCUUCAGGCCUCAAGUGUGGCCCCUAACAAGGGUGUUACAGUUAUGCUGAAGCAUGCAGACUCCGUUCCUGAAGGAGAGAAUAGGCACAUUCCUUGCAGGCCAAAAGAAAUUGUCCACCACUAACCACAUGUAGUGAAAGCCCUAAUGAAUUCAGAUCUAUGCAAUGCCAUAAAAUCACUUUUUUCAAAAACCAUGUUUGCUUUGUGUUUUCUUACAAACACUGACUAAGAAAAACAUGUUGGAUUUCCCUUAAAAAGUUUGAUAUGCUUUUUUUUUGAGACCCUGUGAAUGAUUUUAUGAUUAAAAAAAUGAUCAAACGCA